AUGUCUUGGCACCAGCUGAAGGCUUGGCCCAAGAUGACGGACUCAACGGUGCUCUGCGUCAAGCCCGAGGAGAAGACGCCGCAGUGCACGCCAAAUCUGCUGCCGUGCGACAUUAGCUCCACUGGGCCGGCACCCGUCUCCGCCUACUUUCACCCGAGCGAGGCCGCGAGCGACGGAGGGCGCACCGCCCACUUCAGAGGGCGGCAGCUUCGUGGGCGCCACCUCCCGCUCCCUGCCGGCUACGAGGGCCUGGUCUUGCAGGACACCGUUGCUGCCUCGAUUGCGGAUGGCGAGGAGCGGCGGUGGGUCGAGCGUGGCACGUUCUCCGAGCUGGGCUACUGGAAGCACGACGACCCGACCGCUGCCACCGACCCAAUGGCCAAGGCCAUGGACUUCUGCCGCCUCGCAGGGGUGCUGCACGGCCACCACGCCCCGCCACCCCAGGUGUGA